AUGGGCGAUUCCUACAACGUCCUCGACGGAGCCUCCCUGCAGGCGGACCCCCGCGAUGCAGACAGCCUCGCGCGUCUCAACGCAUAUGCAUCUGUUCUCCGUAACUACUGCGGGGCGGGUGAUCCCAUCUGCGCUGGCGGUGACAACGUCACCCAGCAUCUAGACUACUUCGACUUGUAUACCGAUGACGCCGCGACCUGGGUCGUUAGCAAGGUCGACGCCGCAGCCGCUCUCUGCGAUGCCGCCUCCUCGUCGGUUGCUUCUUCUGUCGGUGCUACCGCCACCUCAUCAUCUGCUGGACCCAUUGCCGCCAGCAGCACCUCCGUUGUUGCCUCCAUUGCUACCCCCACUGGUAUCAACUCCACAACAAUUGCCGCCCCCACCGGCGCCAACGCCUCCACAGUCGCCAUCUCCUCCAUCACCGGAGCAAACGCGACCUCCGUCGUAGCCCCUAUCUGGGCCAACAGCACCGCCGCCUCCAUCGCGACCCCCGCUUCCUUCGCCCUGGUCAGCGACUCCACUGCAGUUUACCCGACCACCAUUCGCACCGUCGUGUCCGCCAAUGCCAUUCAGAGCAAUAGCGGCUACGCACCCGCGUAUCCGACCACCAUCCUCACCAUCGUGUCGGUCACCUCGACCUUAAGCGAGUACGCCACCGUUACCGGUGCUGUGGCGCCCCCACAGGAGACUAAGAGCAAUGCCGCUCUGCCCCCUGUUGCUGCGCCCGCGCCGGCUUCUAAAGCGCCGGCGGCUCCUAAAGCCCCUAAAGCCCAAGAGGCUCCCUCGCCCGCACCACAGCUCUCGCAGAAGCCUGCGUCCGCGCCACUGCCUGUGUGUGGCCCUGCGGUUAUAACGACGACUGUUUACCUAUGA